AUGGAUGUGAGUGAUGAUGAUGAUGAUGAUGAUGAUGAUGAUGAUGAUGAUGAUGAUGAUGAUGAUGAUGAUGAUGAUGAUGAUGAUGAUGAUGAUGAUGAUGAUGAUGAUGAUGAUGAUGAUGAUGAUGAUGAUGAUGAUGAUGAUGAUGAUGAUGAUGAUGAUGAUGAUGAUGAUGAUGAUGAUGAUGAUGAUGAUGAUGAUGAUGAUGAUGAUGAUGAUGAUGAUGAUGAUGAUGAUGAUGAUGAUGAUGAUGAUGAUGAUGAUGAUGAUGAUGAUGAUGAUGAUGAUGAUGAUGAUGAUGAUGAUGAUGAUGAUGAUGAUGAUGAUGAUGAUGAUGAUGAUGAUGAUGAUGAUGAUGAUGAUGAUGAUGAUGAUGAUGAUGAUGAUGAUGAUGAUGAUGAUGAUGAUGAUGAUGAUGAUGAUGAUGAUGAUGAUGAUGAUGAUGAUGAUGAUGAUGAUGAUGAUGAUGAUGAUGAUGAUGAUGAUGAUGAUGAUGAUGAUGAUGAUGAUGAUGAUGAUGAUGAUGAUGAUGAUGAUGAUGAUGAUGAUGAUGAUGAUGAUGAUGAUGAUGAUGAUGAUGAUGAUGAUGAUGAUGAUGAUGAUGAUGAUGAUGAUGAUGAUGAUGAUGAUGAUGAUGAUGAUGAUGAUGAUGAUGAUGAUGAUGAUGAUGAUGAUGAUGAUGAUGAUGAUGAUGAUGAUGAUGAUGAUGAUGAUGAUGAUGAUGAUGAUGAUGAUGAUGAUGAUGAUGAUGAUGAUGAUGAUGAUGAUGAUGAUGAUGAUGAUGAUGAUGAUGAUGAUGAUGAUGAUGAUGAUGAUGAUGACGAUGAUGAACAUGAUGAUGAUGAUGAUGAUGAUGAUGAUGAUGAUGAUGAUGAUGAUGAUGAUGAUGAUGAUGAUGAUGAUGAUGAUGAUGAUGAUGAUGAUGAUGAUGAUGAUGAUGAUGAUGAUGAUGAUGAUGAUGAUGAUGAUGAUGAUGAUGAUGAUGAUGAUGAUGAUGAUGAUGCGAACUGA